AUUUACUUAUCAGUCUAUAUCUAAAUUAAGAUGAGUUCGAAGUAAGAAAGCGGAGGAUCUGAAAAGCAAGGAAUUGGUAGAGUUGAGAUCUCGGAGGAACCUUAAACUGUGGUUUGGAGUGGGCAGAGUAAUAUUGAGAUUUAGAUUUUGGUUGAUAAAUCAUUUGGAGAUUCGAUGUCAUAUGAGGAUGUUCUGAAAUACAAGAGUAUCCUGGCAAGAAAGAUCCUAGGAUAGUGAAUCUGAUUUAUGAGUAUUGAAACCAAU